AUGAGCACAUCAGCACCACAAUCGAAGAGAAAGUUUUACAUGGGGCAACACCAGAUCGUCAAGAGGAAGAGGUCAAAGCCCCCAGCGAAUGUGCAUCAUAUGUCCAACGUCUCCCUGCGGGCUAAGUCAUCUCCGAACACCUCUAGGGACUACAUCCUCUUCAGCCCCACCCACCUGGCUGCAGCUCUGGAGAAGAAGAAACAGCUCCACCCCCAGCUUAUGGCGGGAAACACAUCUAUCUCUGUGCUGACCCCUCCCCCUGGGCUAGAUCUCAGCAUGCUCGGUGACACUCUUGCUGACACAGGACAGCCCAUUCAAAUGGCUGUACCUGCUGACCAGUCUGACAAGCUGCUCCUGUCCAGUUGGGGUCUUCCCAAACCUGUCCUGCAGAGGUAUCAAAGUCUUGGGGUGGUCCGCAUGUUCGAGUGGCAGGCAGAGUGCCUCACCCUGGGAAGGGUGCUGGAGGGCAGCAACUUAGUCUAUUCAGCUCCUACCAGUGCCGGUAAAACAUUAGUCUCCGAGUUAUUGAUUUUGAAGAGAGUCUUGGAAACACGGCGAAAGGCCAUGUUCAUUCUCCCCUUUGUGUCUGUGGCAAAAGAGAAAAUGUUUUACCUCCAGAACGUGUUCCAGGAGGCAGGGGUGAGAGUGGAGGGGUACAUGGGCAGCACCUCUGCCACCGGUGGGUUUGCAGCCCUGGAUGUGGCCGUGUGCACCAUAGAGAAGGCCAAUGGACUCAUCAACAGGCUGAUAGAAGAGAACAUGAUGGACCUGCUAGGAAUCGUCGUGGUGGAUGAGCUGCACAUGCUGGGGGAUUCCAGCCGAGGAUACCUGCUGGAGCUCUUGCUGACCAAGAUCCGCUACGUCACCCAGAGAACAGCCAGGGCUUCCUCCGAGGGCAGGCCCAGCCUGAGUGAGGGGGUGCAGAUCGUGGGCAUGAGCGCCACCCUGCCGAACCUGGACCUGCUGGCCGGCUGGCUGAGCGCCGAACUGUACCACACAGAUUACCGGCCCGUGCCGCUGAUGGAGCGCGUCAAGGUCGGCGGGGCCAUAUACGAUGGGUCCAUGCACCUGGUUACGCAGCUCCAGCCCUCCCUGCAGGUGAAGGGUGACGAAGAUCACAUUGUCAGCCUCUGUUAUGACACGAUUCGGGGCGGCCACUCUGUGCUGCUGUUUUGCCCGUCAAAGAAUUGGUGUGAAAAGCUGGCAGACAGCAUUGCCAGGGAGUUCUACAAUCUCCAGCACCGAGCCCUGCAAAAUGAUUCCGGCCCCCUGCCACUGGUCUUGGAUCAGGAGGGGCUACAGGAUGUGGUGGCUCAGCUGAAACGCUCCCCUGCGGGCCUGGACCAGGUGCUGCAGCGUACCGUUCCCUGGGGCGUGGCCUUCCACCAUGCAGGUUUGACCUUUGACGAGCGGGACAUCCUGGAGGGCGCCUUCCGGCAGGGCCACAUCAGGGUCCUGGCCGCCACCUCCACCCUGUCGUCCGGCGUCAACCUGCCUGCCCGCCGCGUCAUCAUCCGGACGCCUGUCUUCAACGGCCGCCUCCUGGACAUCCUCACCUACAAGCAGAUGGCAGGAAGGGCCGGGCGCAAGGGGGUGGACACUGUGGGGGAGAGCAUCCUCGUGUGUAAGGAGUCUGAGCGUGUGCAGGGGGUCAGUCUGAUCCAGGGCUCGCUGAAGCCAAUCAGCAGCUGCCUGGUCAGGAGGGAAGGGGAGGGAGUCACCACCAGCAUGAUCCGAGCCAUACUGGAGAUCAUCGUGGGGGGCGUGGCCAGCACCCCAGAGGACGUGCGGACGUACGCCUCCUGCACGCUAUUGGCUGCGAGCAUGUCUGCCGAUAGCGCUGGGGAGAGGCGGAGCGGGGCCAUCGAGGCAUGCGUCGAGUGGCUGAUGGAGAACGAGUUCAUUCAGAUUCAAGAAGAGGGAGACGGGGAACACAAGAGGGAGAGGUACUGUCCCACCCACUUGGGAGCUGCCACUCUGUCCUCCUCGCUCUCGCCCCCCGAGGCCCUGGGAAUAUUCGCCGACCUCCAGCGGGCCAUGAAGGGCUUUGUCCUGGAAAAUGACCUUCAUAUCCUCUACCAGAUCACUCCAGUGUACACAGACUGGACCACCAUCGACUGGUACCAGUUCUUUUGCCUGUGGGAGAACCUGCCCUCGUCAAUGAAACGCGUGGCAGAGAUGGUGGGAGUUCAGGAGGGGUUCCUGGCCCGGUCUGUGAGAGGGAAAAUAAUUGCCAAAACGGAGAAGCAGCACAGGCAGAUGGCCAUUCACAAAAGGUUUUUCACCACCCUGGUGCUGCUGGACCUCAUCAGCGAGGUGCCCCUGGGUACUGUGGCCAAAAAGUACGGCUGCAGCCGGGGGCAGCUGCAGUCCCUUCAGCAGUCUGCGUCUACCUAUGCCGGCAUGGUGACGGUGUUCUGUAACCGGCUGGGGUGGCACAACAUGGAGCUGCUGCUGUCCCAGUUCCAGAGUCGUCUGAGUUUCGGGGUGCAGAGGGAGCUGUGUGACCUGGUGAGGAUCUCCUUGCUGAACGCACAGCGUGCCCGCGCCCUCUACAGCUCCGGGUUCGUCACCGUGUCCGAGCUGGCGAGGGCCAGCGCAGCCGAUGUGGAGAAGGUGCUGAAGAAAUCCGUACCCUUUAAAAGCUCCCGGCAGGCGGUGGACGAGAGCGAGCAGGAAGCACAAGAGCGCCGUAGCACGCGCUGCAUCUGGGUGGCUGGGAAGAAGGGCCUGACGGAGAGGGAGGCAGCCCUACAGAUCGUGGCCGAGGCCCGCCAGCUCCUCCAACAGGACCUAGCCCUCCUCGGGGUGCACUGGGACCCAGACUCGCUUCCCCAAGACCCUCACCCUGCUCCCGAACUGCUUCACUUGUCUGAAAGCUCAGGUGGCACUGUGCAGCCGGCCUCCAGCCUCCAGACGGAGGCAGACCGAGGGGAGAGGGCCUCGACUGAUCAGGGAAAAGUCGAUACUGGGGUUGAGAAGAGCUGCAGAGGGGAAAAUACCAGAGACAUGAAGCCUAAUCUAGUCUGUGACACAGGAAGUGCCUCCACUCCUCAGCCAGGAGUUCAACCCUCUCUUGCAAGGGUGGAGGAACCGAAGAAGAAAGAUUCCAGCACUGUAGAUUCAGUAAGGUCUGCCGAUGCAAAUCCUGUCACUUCGGGGUACGCUGGACAGGAAAUUCAGUCCGUAGCUUUACGCAAAGUUUUGAAGUCCAUAAACUCUGACAAAAAGCUUAAGGACGGGGCAACUCCUGAUCUUUCCUCUAAUUUUCUUAGAACCUCCGCGGGUGCUGAGUCUGGAACUAAAAAAGAAGGGAUUGUCCUUCCACAGGGUAACCUAAACAAUAAGCACCCUCUAACCCCUGUAUCCAAGCGUAGGAAGGUGGACAGCCAUGCUACCACAGAGGCUGGACCCAGUGAAGCCUCCAGUCUUCAUGGUGUCCAGACUCCUGUGCCACAAAGCCUGGGAGGAGAUAGACGGGAGCCAUUUGUUGUCCCCGAAUCGUCAUCGUCUCAUGCAUCUACUAAUUCAAACACCCACACUUUGCUGCGAUGUACAGAUGAAACUGGACAAAACCAGGAAACGGCACAAGUAGCGAGGUGUGAAAUUGAGCUCAGGCGAAAAUGCCUGGAGAAGCAGGCAGAGGAGAAGAAGGAUUCUCCAGCACGCGCGGGUGACUUCCCAUCUGUCAGUGGGAAAAAGUGUAAGCAGAAAUCAAAGCACUGUAACACAGAGAGCAGCUGUGGGAUCGCAGUGUGUGAAAGGGACAACAGAGAAGGUAGCGACGGGGAGAGCGACGUCGCUUCGCGAGCAGACGACGGGGAGGAGGGCGCAAGGCGGCGCGAGCAUCUAGGCGGAGCCGGAGGUCACGUCUCGACGCCCCGCCUGGAACGGAGAAGUGGCGGCGAGACCCGUCCCACAACCGAGGAGAAGUGCGAGUCUCCCGACCUGUACCCAGGUGGACACGAGGAGUUUGGGGACAGCUUUCAGCUGGACACGCAGACAGAGAGAAUGAUGAUGCUGCACGACCCCCCAGUGGCGGAUGGGAGCCAGCGAUCUGCAGGGAACGGUCACGUCGGCUCGCCAGGGACAAGGAACGGGGGAAACGGUGCUGAAAGCUCUGAAAUCCUACAGCAGGAGUGCUCGAUUGGACAGCAUCUUGCUGUUGGAGAUUUGUGCCAGGAACCAUUGCAGUAUAAUCGCUCCCGUGACGACGCCUGUUGCAGUGGUUCGUCCAACAAUGAUCUGCCCAAAUAUAACAUCUCGCUGACCGACAGUCAGAUGGAAGACAUUUUGAACUGCAACACGCAGGUGACUAACUGCGUUAAAACAGACGCCCGUCCAAGUGAAAUCCAGUCCUCCCAGAGUGACCGGCAGUCCUCAGAGAAUGCAGUGGAGAGCAGCUUUAAUGGAAGCAGCAGCUUCCUGUUCGACAGCCUUUAUGAUGACUGCUUAUCAGAUGGCCUGGAGGGGGAGGACCUGGCCGAAGCAGAAUGUGGGAACACUGACACCGACGCCAACCACCUCCCCUCGGAGCAAGGGUGGCAGGAAGGCGGGCUUCCGGGCGAGGAUCAGGAAGCCGCCCAAUGGGGCGAGUCCUCCUUCAACCUGUCCGAGUGGGGAGAUUCCUUGCAGGUUGCGGAGCAGUGUCUGAAGAGCCUGAAUGGCGUUCUCAAAUCAGCUGACAGGUCAACCUCUGGACCGGCCAAAGCACCGCAGCACUGUUCUGAGAUCACGGUGUUGCCCGAUAUGAGACUUGGUGAAGGCAUAGAAGUCCAGUCAGAUGACGCAAAAGAUUCUGCCCAGAAAACAUCAGCUGAUGCCUCUUUCCAUCUGAGUCCAGGCAUGCAGGAUAUCCUCGACCAGUGGCCCAGCAUGUCAGGUAGGUUUUCAACCCCCCAUACGGUUCCAGUAAAUGGUGACACAGACCAGAACGCCCCAGAGCAAAUGACUGCAAGGACAGUCUCCUGUGGGAACCCAGAAACGAGUCUGAUGACUAGGGCAGAAUGUGGUUUUAGACCAGGGCAAUGGCAGGGAGACUGUCCCGAGCCACCAUGUCCUGCUGAGGAACCAGAGAGCAGGGCAAGAGACCAUAACGACCUCAUCCCUCCCACCCCGGAGCCGGUCACUCCCAGGGUUAAAAUGACCGUGUCCUCCGUGCCGUCCCCACUGACCACCCAUCCCCCCCGCCCCCCUGCUCCCGAGAAGUCCCCGAGAAGUCCCGUCACAGAGGUGAAACCCGCGUCAGAGUCGGACGCGUCGAUGAUCGACGAGGGCUUCACGCUCCAGCUAUCCCAAGACGCCUCGCCUCAUGCGGCCGUCCCCAGCAGCCCUGAGGCCUUCUCCAUCAUCGACGUUGCCAGCAAUCGGAGCCUGUUCCACACCUUCGUCCAGGAGUGGAAAACCAAGAGCCGCUUCUCAGUCACCCUGGCCUGCGAGAAGAGGGAGCACACCCUGUCUCCUAAGUCCGCCAUCGGGGGAAAGGUCAAACGAGUGGGCUCUCAUCAGAAAAGCUCGCCAAGCAUAGAUGGGUUUCCUGUCAAAGGGAACGAGGCUCUUGUGGUCAUUGGGAUCUCUGUGUGCUGGGGAGGAAAAGACGCCUACUUUGUGUCCCUGCAGCAGGAGCAGCCAAGCUCAGAUGUCAGUGCAAGUUUAGCCCCGCCUCCUCUGGAUGAGAGCUUGACGGUGAGAGAUCGACUGAGGCAGGUCCAGGCGUGUCUGAAGAGAACUGAUCCUUCACAGGCAGAGGCAGCGAUCAUUGCGUACGACCUCAUUCAGCUGUACAAGGUUCUCCUGCUGGCCUGCGGGCUCUCUCUGGAGGGCAGCUUUGAAGACCCCAAGGUGGCCUGCUGGCUGCUGGACCCCGGCUCCAAGGAGCGCACCCUUCACAACAUGGUGACCAACUUUGCCCCCGAAGAGCUCCCCCUCCUGGAAGGCGUCAGCCCCGGACACGGGGUGCAGAGCCUGGGGAUCAGGGGGGACGGAGGUCACUCUGGACGUUACAGGGCCGCCAUCGAGUCCGUGCUCGUCUUCAGCUGCAUGGCCCAGCUCACCGCCCUCCUGGAGAAGGACAGCCUGCUAGAUGUGUUUCGCCGCGUGGAGAUGCCUGCUCUGUACUGCCUGGCCCUGCUGGAGCUCAACGGCGUGGGGUUCAGCACAGCCGAAUGCGAGGCCCAGAAGCACGUCAUGCAGGCCAAGCUGAGCGUUCUGGAGUCCCAGGCCUACCAGCUGGCGGGACACAGCUUCUCCCUCACCAGGCCAGACGACAUUGCAGAGGUGCUGUUUCUGGAGUUGAAGCUGCCUCCUAACGGGGACCUGAGUGGGCAGAAGAAUAAGAAAACUUUGGGCUACACCAGGCGCACAGCUACAGGAUCCCGGGUCAGACUGGCAAAGCAGUUCAGCACCACAAAGGAUGUUUUGGAGAAGCUCAGACCCCUGCACCCUUUACCUGGUGUGAUUCUGGAGUGGAGGAGAAUAACCAAUGCCAUGACUAAAGUAGUGUUCCCCUUACAACGUGAGAAGUGCUGGCACCCCCUGCUAGACAUGGAAAGAAUAUAUCCAGUAUCACAGACGCACACAGCUACAGGAAGAGUGAGCUUCACUGAGCCUAACAUUCAGAACGUGCCAAAGGAUUUUGAGAUUCAGAUGCCCACUGUCAUUGGAGAAAGCCCCCCGUCACAGGGCAGCUCCAAAUCAUUUUCAUGCCUUUCCAGGGGCAGAAGAUCGAAGAUCCAUCGGCAGCUGGCGCCACUGCUCAAAGCUGCUGAGCGAUCGCCGGAAAAAGGGGUGCCUUUCUCUGUCAGCAUGAGGCAUGCGUUUGUGCCAUUCUCAGGGGGGCUCAUCCUGGCAGCGGAUUACUCCCAGCUGGAGCUGCGGAUCCUGGCUCACCUCUCCCGCGACCGACGCCUCAUCCAGGUCCUCAACAGCGGCGCGGACGUGUUCCGGAGCAUCGCGGCCGAGUGGAAGAUGGUGGACCCGGAGACCGUGGACGACACCACACGGCAGCAGGCCAAACAGAUUUGCUAUGGAAUAAUCUACGGGAUGGGAGCGAAAUCACUCGGAGAACAGAUGGGCAUCGACGAGAACGAUGCUGCCUGUUACAUCGAAACAUUUAAAUCCAGAUACACAGGGAUACAUGCCUUUCUGCGAGAAACUGUGAAGAACUGUGGAAAAAACGGCUAUGUCCAGACGAUACUGGGGAGAAAGAGAUUUCUCCCAGCCAUUAAGGACCCGAACGUUUACAUAAAAUCUCAUGCUGAGCGCCAGGCAGUAAACACCACGGUCCAGGGUUCCGCCGCCGACAUCGUCAAAUCGGCUACCGCCAACAUCCAGCACCGUCUGGAGGAGGCUUUCGUUGGUGUGCCCCGGUCGCACCAGCACACCCCUGCAACAGACAGUAGACGACUCUCAAGGCCCUGCAGGGGGGCAUUCUUCAUUCUACAGCUGCAUGAUGAGCUCAUCUACGAGGUGGCAGAGGAGGAUGUCAUUCAAGUAGCUCAGAUUGUGAAGAAGGAAAUGGAAUCUGCCAUUAAGCUGUACGUGAAGCUACACGUAAAAGUCAAAGUGGGUCCCAGCUGGGGAAACCUCCAGGACCUGGAUAUUUAG